AAUGUACCCAAACUCAUCAAGAAGCAGACAACAAUAGUUUCUGAGACAGCAACUCCGAAUCUUCAUAUAUAUCACUCAUUUUCUUCAGAAGACCCUAAAUGAAAGUGUGGUAGCUCUUCGAGAUUAAAUCAUUAUGGGCUCUAAGGAGGAACAAAGAGCAGCUUUAUAUCAGAAGUUCAAAGAACUUGGCUCGGUUUCCCAUUCCGAUGCGGUAAACAAAACAUCAAUUGUCGUGGAGGCCGCAAAUUAUAUCGAAGAACUCAAGCAUAAGGUAGAAAAACUAGAUGAAGAUAUCAUGAGUUCGAAUGAAGCUACUUCAAUACCUAUGAAAGCCACAGUUGAAACCCUAGAUAAGGGUUUUCGAAUUAACGUCUUCUCAGAAGAGGAUUGCCCCGGUCUACUUGUCUCUAUUCUUGAAGCAUUUGAAGAGCUUGGACUUGAUGUGCGUGAUGCUAACAUAUCUUGUUCCAAUAAGUUCCAUCUCCAAGCCAUAGGCGAAUUAUUGAAGAAUGAGGGACAUGUUGAUGACAUAGAUGCUCAGGUGGUGAAACGAACUGUUUUGAAAGCUAUUAAGUACUGGAGUGACAGCAACGGCGAAGAUGAUGAGCACAGUGGAUUUCCCAAGAUCUUCUUUGGUUUGUUUGUUUUCUUCAUGUUUGCAGUAGGUUUGUUUGUAGUAAUAUGAUAAGGG